AUGGCGGCGCGAGCUAUCGUCGACCCAUCGCCAUCCUGGGCGAGUCUCUUACCUCCAUCGCGGUCAAGGUCAAGGUCAAGGUCAAGCUCACGGGCGUGGAAGCCAAAACCGACCGGUGUACACCCCAACCACGAAUCUCAACUCCAAAUCCAGACGGGUUCGCGAGCAGGCCCACGAAGCACCACCUCCCUCGUAUCCAGCGGAUCCAGGAACACCACCACGACAACCCACUACAGCGGCGGCACCGUUCUCCGCCGUUAUAACAUCACCGCCAGCACCACGACAACAACCAACGGCGAAUCGGGGUUGAGAGCGAAAAGGUUAGCAUUAUUGAGGAGAAGCAGCAACUUUAGCAGCAGGGAAUGGAGACAUGAUCCCAAGCGGAACAAGAAGGCCCAGGAGGCGGCGAGGAGGAUCAUUGAGGGGUGUCAUCCACGGGAGAAGAAAGGGGGGAUGAGGGAUAGGGUUAAGAGGUGGGGGAGGGAGUUGGGGACUUUGAAAGGGUUGAGAGGUUCGAAGGAUGGGGGUGCUGCUGCUGCUGCUGCUGCAGGACGGAGAGGGGAAGAAGGGGAAAGGAAGAAGGAAGCGAGGUGGAGUUGGAAGCGCGGAUGGAAGGGAGAUAACGGACUGGGGGAAUCCGGAGGGCAGAAGUCAAAGGAGAAACCGGCGGCGGCAGCGGCUGCAGCAGCGGAGCAGACUCGGUGGCAGCUUGCACUUGGCCCUGGGGAUGAGACCACAAGUAUACCAGCACCUUCACCGGUACCAAAGCCGCCGCGAAACUCGGUGGUCAUGGAGCAGUUGUACAUGGCUGAGGGGAUUGGUGUUGGCUCGACCAAAACAAGUUCCGGCUCUAGGAGAAACCGCCUGGGGCAGGCUGAGGAGAAGGAUACGGCCAACCGGAAAUAUGCCAAUAAUGCAGGCCAAGGCAGGGAAGUGCAUGAGCAUGAGAAGAUGCAAAGCAAGCAGAAGAACCGGACCUCCAGACUUUGGAAGCGGGGCAUGGAAAAGGUUAAAAAGCUGCUGGUUUUGUCGACGGACAAAAGCAAGGCACAAACGACAACAACAAUGGCCCGGGACAACAAGACAGAUAAGUCCGACAAUGAAUCCAUGGUGGCGCCCCCGACGACUUGGUACAUCGACGAUGACGAAGUGAGUCAUUUCGAGGAAGGGAAACGACCCAGGUCAGCUGAGGAAAAAGGCAAAGGAAUUGAUUACAGUCUGUACCACGAGGAUUCCGUCUUCAAGACUCAAACACGUGGUUUCCCGCCUCCUCGUCGAUCUUCGGGCCCGAAGGAACGGUGCAAGUGUUACAAUUGUACCAAGGCACUCCUUUUACGAGAAACGACGCCCACUGGGAACCAAGAAAACGGGUCAUUAUUGCAGACAUAUCAAAGACCGGUUCCCUCUUACCAGACGACCACCUCCACUCGCUCUUCGUGGUCCAUUUCCAGCAACCAAACGCCACCCGAAGACCAAUUCCCACCUCGACCCGCACUACGAUCCUCCCCAAUGUACCUAGGCUCAUUACUCCCGCCAUACCAGGCCACUUGGGCGCUCCCACCGCUGCAGAUCUCCGGGGACUUUAGCAAGGCGCCAGAGUUCACCGCCUUUACUCACUCACCCACAGGCCAUCUUUCAGGGACCUUUCAGGAGUCUGCGAUACCAACGAGGGUAUGGACGGAGACAUGGACAAAGACACCGACGAAGGCACCCCUGAAACUACCGGCUGGACCGCAGAGAACAAAUCGGUCGCAGAGGUUGCUGAAACACGAGAAUCACCCAUACAGCCACCGGCAAAUCCUAGAAAGCGAAGAAGAUCGUUCGAUAUCGAGCUCAUCCGGACACGUUGCCGCCGAGAUCACUUCCAACACAACUUUCGAUUCGAAUCAAGAAUAUUACCAGGGGAUUAAUACACAGGAACAUGAAUAUGAACAUGAACGGUACGACGAAGUAAACAAUUACCUCUACGGCCGAGCCCCAUCAUAUGUUGGUCUCAGCCAGCGAACGCCCGACAUGUUCUUCACCCGUUCUUCUCCCCGUGCUUCAACAGCUAUAGCUUCUUCUUCUUCUUGUGCUUCUUCUUCCGCCCCUGUUUCCCCUGCUCUGCUGUCCCAUGUUUCCGAAGAAAGCAACAGCAACACCGAGGAAGAGGAUCCCGAAAUACAGGACAAUCUAAGGCACCAAAGCGCCGACAAACAUGGACGCAGUCAUCCUCAAAACCACUACAAGGAGGAAGAAACAGGAGAAAGAGAAAGAGAGAAUGAUGGACUGUUAAGACAUGCGAGAACGGCGUCGUUUCAGGUGGAAACGGAUUUGUUGAUUAUACCGUUGGAAGAAGUGGAGGAGUAUGUUGUUCCACCGUCAUCACAUUCGUCCUCCUCCUCUGACAGUAGAGGUGUUGAUGGCGAGUUUGAGAGUACCUCUAAGCUUGGUGAUGAUGGCUGUCUAGAAGUACCAUCUGAUGAUGCACCCGAAACCAACAUGAAUGGACACGGAGAAAGAAGAGGGGGGGGAUGGAGGAUCGUGGAUGGUGGGAAUGGGAGGGUGAAUGAAAGAGGAGGAGGAAGAGGAGGAGUGAACAUCGAGGUUAGGGAGUUGGAAGACGAGGGAACGGAGACGGAGACGGACACGGAGAAGGGUGAGUUCGUUACUCCUGGUAUUGGACAGUGA